UACACCGCAAUAAUUGAUUAAAAUAUCUGUUAUUCAUAAAAUAAUAAUUUGGCAUGGCGUUUUUAAAGGAAAUUGUUUUAGUAUAUUUUGCAAUAAAUCUCUGUUCAGGCAGGUUGGUAAAAAUAGACAACUUGUUAAAAGAAGAUCUAACCAUAUCUGCUACUGGGCUACAGGAUUUUGUUUUGCCUGCAUUGAUGACAAAAAACAUUACACUGGAAAAUGGAUUAAACACAAUUUACGGCACAUAUAAAUCCUGCAAUGUUUCUGAAUGUAGAGAAUAUGUGACCAAAGUGAACUUAACAAUAGGCCAUUUGGCUAGCAACAUGGAUUUACAAUGUGUAGAUGUCAAGAAAGGAUUUAAUCUACCAAUGAAGGUUGAAGCUACCCCAGAUCUUUGUUUACUAUCACUAUGUGGCAGUAAAAUGUUAGUGUCUAUGUGCGAUGAAGAAGAUUUGGUUAUAAUAAACAAUGUGGUGAUGGGUUGUAAAAAUAAUAACAACAGCAUUGUGAAUUUUAAUGUGGAGUGUGGGAAAUUAGCUGUUACAUCUGAUUAUAAAAGUGAUAACAUACAGAAAUGUGUUAAUAUUGAAUACUAUACGGUAACUUUUGCUUAUCAAGAUUGGUGGUGAUUUUUUAAAUAAAUACAUAUUGAUUUUUAUCUGUUUGUUAUGUUUUAAUAAAUGUUAAUAAAAAAAAUAUUUGUAUUUAAUGUACGUAUAUUCAUUGGGUUUGUUAAUAUGUA